AUGUAUACAACAUCAGUUUAUCUGAAAUUGAUCUCAACUUUAUGCGUCCUAUCAUUCAUUUUACAUUUUAAACCCCAUCAAUGUGCAUAUGAAGAAUCGAAUAAAAAAAUAGACCUUUUUUCCGAGGCGCACGAAUUGCUUGACCAAGGUGAAUAUGAGAAGUCGUUUUCCAUUCUGGAAACAUGUGUUCAAUAUGACCUAAGAUGCCUGACGCUCAGUGGGGUGUUCUACUACCUGGGGCUGGAACCAGUAAAGAGAAAUGUUAGUAACGCUCUGUAUAUAUGGAAAGUGUGUGCAGAUUAUGGAAGUGCAGAUGCGCAAUUCUAUCUUGGAAUCAUGUACUCAAAUUAUUUCUCUUUACCUAACUUAUACUCAUACCAUGUAGAAGAACCGGUAAUAGAAAACAGCUUUGUUUUGUUCAGGAUAUAUUUGUUGAUAGAAGGGAAAUUUUUAAAUAGAAAAACGUAUGAAUGCUUAAGGAAUAGAAAAGUAGAAUGCAAAAUAGGAAAAAAUUAUCAUGGGGGAAGAGGUGGUGAUACAUACUCCAACACAAAGAACAGAUUUCGGAACCCCCCAGUUGUUAGAUUCACAAAAAAUAAAGAACUAAUUUUGAGAAUAAAAAAUAUUAGAUACAACACGGAUGAGAUAGAAUGGUAUUUUGAUAGUAUAAGGGACUUCCCCAAUAAGGAUUAUUUUGAAAAAAAUAAAAAGAAAAUAUAUUUAUCUCGAAAUCAUAACUUGAGUUUAUUAUAUUAUUAUAGUAGUAGUUUAGCUAAUCAUCCAGGUAGUAUUUUAUCUUUAGGAAUAAGAUAUAUGAAUGGAUAUGGAGUUGAGAAGAACUGUGAAACGGCAUCUAGAUAUUACUUAAGAUUAACAAAUGAAAUAAUUAAUUCAGAUAAUAGAACCCAUUUUGAAAUGUCUGAUUUGAUAAAAAUAAAUAUACCACAUUACGAUCAAUAUAGUAUCAAUAAUAAAAAAAUAAAAAACAUAGAAAUCUUUUUAGAAUCAUCUCUACAUGAUAACCAUAAAAUAUUAACCAUGAUUGCGCGUAGAUAUCUCUUGGGUAUAGAUGGGGUUGAAAAGAAUUACGAAAAGGCACACAUAUAUUUAAUGAAAGCAGAAAAGUACAACAAUUCUGAGGCAAUUUCUCUGUUAGGGUAUGUACAUCUACUAGGGUUAGGUGUAGAAAUUGAUUAUAAUAAAGCCAUUGAUUAUUUUAUAAGAGGAAAUAAAUUAAAUGAUUCUUUAAGUCAUAACGGGUUAGGAUAUAUACACUUCUUCGGUUUAGGAAAUUUUAAAAAAAAUCCACACUUGGCAUUUUACUAUUUUGAAUUGGCUUCAAAAAAUAAUUUAUCAUCAGCACAAUUUAAUUUAGCUUGUUUAUAUUUAAGUGGUGUUGGGGUUUCACAAUCUUUUCAAAAUGCUUUCUAUUGGUUUUACAAAUCACUGAACAAUGGAAAUGUCUUGGCCGCUUAUAUAAUAGGAUUUAUGAAUUAUAACGGGAUCAUUACGAACAGAAAUUGUAAAUUAGCUUUAUCUCUUCUAGCAAAAGUAGCUGAAAAUAAUUCAUUCAUUUUAAACACUUCAAAUAAAAUUAUUAGAUACACAGAAAAGGGGAGAAUAAAAGAAGCUCUUUUUCUCAUGGCACAACUUGCAGAAACGGGUAAUGUACAGUCUCAGGUAAACAUAUCCCAUAAUAUCAAUAAUUCAAAAUUUGCUCUUUUUUUACCUUCCAAUGAUAAAUCUAAGAAAGUUUAUGCUAGUAGAUUUCUAGCCAUGGCUUCAGAGAACAAUGAUUUUAAUUCUCUCUACACUCUUGGCGAUUAUGCAUAUCAAGGACAUGGGUUAUACGUUCGGAUAUUUCCCAAGAACAACUUGCCAUUUAAUCCGAUUUUCGAUGUGAACACUGAUCAUUGUCUGUACCGAAAAUUGGACAAGUGGGGGAAGCGGGAGAAACAGAAGUUACUGCAGGGAAAGAUUGCUCGUGAGUAUCACAACAAAACGGUUGACACGGUUGACAUGAUUGACACAGUUGACAUGAUUAACUCCACUGACACGUCAAUUUUAGCUACCGCCCCUAACACAUUAAACAUGACUGAGACAACAAAAAGAGACAACAAUAUCAAUCUCUUAACUCCUCCAAACAAGAUAAUAUCAAUCGACUUCGUGGACGAAGAAGGUAUGAUAUUCAAUGAUCGCUGGAGAUUCUACUACGGAUUCAAAUUUUCCUUUAAUGAGGUGGACUAUAACCUAGCGUAUCAUCAUUAUAAAAGCAUUAUAUCAUAUUAUCCCAAUAAUUUUUAUGUUAUUCAAACGUUAUCACGAGCUUGUUACAACUUAGGAUUCAUGCAUUAUUAUGGGAUUGGUGUUUCGAAAAAUAUAGAAAAGGCCUUAGUCUAUUUUAAUUCUUCUAUUAAAAUUUAUCCAACGUAUAAAGUUCCUUCAGUUUUAUUUGUUUUGUAUAUAAAGUUUAACAAACAUUUGUAUAAUGUUAAAAAGAAGUUUCAACAUUUGAAAUGGCUUUUGUCUUUUUAA